UUCAGAACAGCGUUGAGUGCAUACAAACUGUAGUGUCGGAAAGUCAUCUAGCCAACGCGUAAAAGUGAGACAGGGACAGUUUAGUUGCUCUUACGACACAGCAAUACAUUUACUACCUUGUUGUUCCGCGGGACACCAAGUUUCCCUGGAUAAACGCGCCGUUUCGGACGCAUCCUGUGCGCUUUGGCGCACACCGGGAGCUCGCCGCCGUAUCCAAAAAGCGCAGGAGAAAACUACAAAAUGGAAAACUAAAUGUCAGCAUGAGUUAGAUUAUUCACCGUGACCUCACUCGAGAUAGACAUAAAGCCAUUUUACGCACUGAUGCGGACCGGGGGACACUGAUUUGGAGUUUUAGACCUCUUUGGCUCUCUUUGGACUCAUGCAGGACGCACGCAGUUACCCGUUUAACGGGACGGGUGUCGCGGUGAAUUUUUAGGACCAUUGAAUGAUGGGUCGAGAGACCGUUUGACAUCUGGAUGCAGGAUACUGCAGUUUGUUCUUUAAACCUCGUCUGGAUGUGACGGAGCGAUGGCUUCUGAGGUUGUGUGUGGAUUGAUCUUCAGACUGUUGUUGCCUGUGUGUCUGGCGGCAGCCUGUCUGUUCAGAUACAACGGUCUGUCCUUCAUCUACCUCCUGUACCUGCUGCUCAUCCCUCUCUUCCCCGAACCCUCCAGCGUAACCAUGCAAGGCCACACGGGGCAUCUGCUGAAGUCUUUAUGUUUCUGCAGUAUGAGCUUCCUCUUGUUCCACAUCAUCUAUCAAAUCACAGUCCACAGUUUGCUGGCUGGACACAAUCUCAGACGUGACUUUAACUGUUCAGUGUGGGAGAAAUCGAUACGACAAAUCGGCUUUGAGAGUGUGAUAGGUGCGGAUGCAGGCAAUGGGAUUCGGGUUUUCCUCCCGGACAUCGGGAUGUUUAUGGCGAGCUUGUCGGCGUGGAUGCUGUGCAGAAAAUUAGGGCACAAACGACCCACUGAAGAGAUGGCCCAGGACAACCACGACUUUGAGUCAGAAGAACAGGAGGGGUGUGAUGAGAAGGUGGAACUGGACGAUGAUGAUGUGCUCGUGGAUGAAGACUUUGAUGCUGAAGAUGAAGCAGAGGAAGAAGAGGGGGUGGAAGAUGGCCUGGAUGAGGAAGAGGAGGAGGAAGAGGUUCAGGAGAGCACAAAGAUGAAGGUCCUGCGUAUAGUAGCAGGAGUGGCCAGUAAACUCAAGGAGAUUAUCGGUAACCUGAUAACAACAGCUGGUCAGGUGGUGGUCACCAUUCUGCUGGGCCUAACAGGUAUCAUGCUGCCCUCUCUGACGUCGGCUGUCUACUUCUUUGUGUUUUUGGGUCUGUGCACGUGGUGGUCUUUCUGCAGGACCUUUGACAGGCUCCUCUUCAGUUGUCUGUGCGUUCUCAUGGCCAUCUUCAGCGCUGGACAUCUCAUCAUACUUUAUUCCAACCAGUUCCAGUUUCUUCAGGAGGCCAUCAGACCCAAUGACAGCUAUUCCAGUUUGUUUGGUAUAUCCUCUAUUGUUCGGACGGACUGCUCUUCGACCUGGAAGUUUGAGGUCAACAGUGGGCUAAAAUGGUACCAUUUUGUCAAUCCCAUCAUGCUUUUGGUACUAUACUACACAUUGGCCACCUUGAUUCGUCUGUGGUUGCAAGACCCCACGAUUGUGGAUGAGUGUGAGGAAGAUGAGGUGAACGAGGAAAAUGAGGAAAACGAGGUUGUGGGCAACAAUGUCCCUCACACAUCCGACAGAAAGCGUCUGCUUUGGUGGAAAGUCCGGCAGAAAACAGAGGAAAGAAAUCUCAUUUCCACUCAGGACGGUUACAGCACCUCCGAGAUGGUUAUGGUCACCUCCAACGGGACAUCAUUUGACUACGUGUCUGCAGUGCCUAUUGAGAACGGACCGAUGAGUCUUGACAGAUACUCCACACCACAGUAUAAAGUGGAACAACCUAUAGAGUCCGAGGAGAAGACAGUUGUGUAUACAGACGAGGUCCUGGACACACAUCAGGAUGAGGAGGAAGAGGAGGAGGAGGAAGAGAAGACAGAGGAUGAGGAAGAGGGGGGUGGACCACCGAAAGCUCUUGUAAAAAUCUUUAAGUUCAUCAUGAAGCAAAGCUACAUCUGUGCACUGAUCGCUAUGAUGGCGUGGAGUAUAACAUACAUCAGCUGGCCGACGUUUGUAUUUUUGCUCUGGUCGUGCACUCUGUGGAUGGUGCGAGACCGGAGGAAGUACGCCAUGCUGACCUCACCCUUCAUGGUGGCGUAUGGAAACUUUCUGCUCGUGCUUCAGUACAUCUGGAGUUUUGAGCAGAUACAACCAGUGCCUGGAUUCUUCCGGAAAAUGAACGUGCCCUGCAGAGAAAUAGGCGCCAAGCUUCUUUGUCAACUCAGCUUCUGGCUGUUGCUCAGACAAACUCUGAUGGAACGACAAGAGAAGUUAGAGGAAGACGCAACCCUGUCUGAUGUGAAAGUAGAGGAGCAGAAGAAAGAUGAAGAAAAGGAGGAAGAGGAAGGAGAUGAGAGUGACCUGAUGCAGGUGAUAGGGAAGCUGGUGAUGGCUCUUUUGGUGAAAUACUGGAUCUACAUCUGUGGAGGAAUGUUCUUCUUCGUCAGCUUCGAGGGAGACAUGGUCAUGUACAAGAUCGUCUAUAUGAUGAUGUUUCUGUUCUGCGUGGCUCUGUACCAGGUCCAUUAUGAAUGGUGGCGCAGAAUCCUGAAGUAUUUCUGGAUGUCUGUUGUGGUCUACACGAUGCUAGUGCUGAUUUUAAUCUACACCUGUCAGUUCGAGAACGCCAUUGAUACCUGGGCUAGCAUGACGGGCCUGACACCAAAAAUACUGAAGGAUAUCGGGCUGGUGAAGUACGGCCUGUCUGAUUUGUUCACUCGUAUCUUCAUCCCCACGUCCUUUCUGCUGGUGUGCAUUCUGCAUCUACAUUAUUUUCACGAUCAUUUCCUGGAGCUGACUGAUCUCCAAGCAGUGGUCAGCAAAGAGGACAGCACCGUUUACAGCUAUGCUAAAGUCAGUGGUCGUAUCUAUUUGAUCGUGGAUAGCAUCAAGCAAAAAAUAUCUUCUCCUCAGAACAAACUGGCUCAUCCAGACGGCAGUUUGGCUGAUCUCACGAUGGUGAGCACAUCUCCAGAACCUCUGCUGAAGGAAGCACAGGACAAAGAAUCGGUGAACGAGAUGCUGGUCGUGGACUGCAUAGAGGAGGAGAAAAAGAAAGAUUCAUCCUCUAUUCAUUCUGCUCAUCAGUCCAGCCAGGAGGACCUUCAGCAGUCCAGUGCUGCCACAGAUCCAGAAGCCCCCUCAGAACAGAGCUCAGACCUAAAGAACAAAUGGCAUCUGGUGGUGGACCGGCUCACAGUCCUAUUCCUCAAGUUCCUAGAAUACUUUCAUAAGCUGAAGGUCUUCAUCUGGUGGCUGUUGGAAAUGCAUAUCAUCAAGCUCGUAGCCGGCUACAUCAUUGUCCUUUCUGUCACAGAGGUUUCGCUGCUGAAUUAUGUAUUUCUGAUCUCAUGGGCGUUUGCUCUGCCUUAUAAGCAAUUUCGGAUUCUCGCUUCGAGCGCGUGCACGAUGUGGACAUGUGUUAUUAUCAUCUGCAAAAUGUUUUACCAACUAGAAUCCAUCCAGCCAAACAACUACUCAAGCAUUUGUAUCAUGCCCCACAACUACACAUUAGAAGAAAAGGUGAGGAUGAAUACGUCCCUGCUGUACAGCAAACCAGUGGAUCCUGCAAACUGGGUUGGCCUUGAGAAGUUUGAGAAACCUAUUCUGCCAAACCUGAGGAAUAACUUGUUGAUGUUAGCCAUCUUGGCCUUUGAGGUCACCAUUUAUAGACACCAGGAGUUUUUCCGUCUGAGAAACAAACUUUCCCCUCCACCUUCUUGCACCAUCUUUCAUGACAUCACUCGGCAACACCUCGACAAUGGGAUAAUUGAUUGUGCCAAAUAUUUCAUAAACUAUUUCUUCUACAAGUUUGGUCUAGAGGUGUGUUUCCUGUUGGCAAUAAAUGUGAUGGGACAGCGGAUGGACUUUUACUCCAUGCUGCAUGGCUUCGCUCUGGCCGUAGUCAUGUUCAGGCGCAGACGAAAAGCCAUCGCUGAGAUCUGGCCCAAAUACUGCUGCUUUCUAGCCUGCAUGAUCACAUUCCAGUAUUUUGUGUGUAUUGGGAUCCCACCUGCUGCUUGUAAAGAUUAUCCCUGGAGGUUUCCUGGCUCCAUGACAGAAUCUAAUGUGAUUAAAUGGCUCUUCCUCCCUGAUUUCCACACCCAGCCCAACUCCAUGUUCCUCGUCUAUGAUUUUAUGCUGUUGCUGUGCGCGUCGCUGCAGAGGCAGGUGUUCGAUGAUGAAAAUAAAGCGGCCGUUCGUCUGAUGGCGGGAGAUAAUGUUGAAAUCUGCCGAGAUUUGGAUGCGGCAACGUUCAGCGUUCAUAACCCUGUACCAGAUUUCAUACACUGCAGGUCGUAUCUGGACAUGCUAAAGGUGAUUAUGUUCAGCUACCUGUUCUGGUUUGUCCUGACCAUCAUCUUCAUCACAGGAACGACUCGCAUCAGCAUCUUCUGCAUGGGUUACCUGGUGGCCUGUUUUUACUUCCUGCUGUUCGGUGGGGAUCUUUUACUUAAGCCGAUCAAAGUGAUUCUCAAAUACUGGGACUUUCUCAUCGCUUACAAUGUCUUCGUCAUCACCAUGAAAAAUGUCUUUGCUAUUUUGGCUUGUGGUUACAUCAAGUCUUUGAUGGUGAAAAGCUGCUGGCUUAUACAGUUGCUCAGUCUUGCCUGCACAAUAAAAGAGUAUGAAGAUCUACCAGUUCCAGCGAUAGGAAGUUCCAAGGUGUGCGAUUUGCCGCGGGAUGAGGCCGGGAUUAUAUGGGAUAGCAUUUGUUUCACCUUCCUGCUUCUACAGAGACGUGUAUUUAUGAGCUACUACUUUCUACAUGUGAUCGCUGACAUCCGAGCUGGACAGAUACUUGCAUCUCGAGGAGCUGAGCUGUUCCAGGCAAGCAUCGUGAAGGCCGUCAGAGCUCGCCUGGAAGAGGAGAAGAGAUCCAUGGAGCAGCUGAAGAGACAGAUGGAUCGCAUUAAGACGCGGCAGCAGAAGUUUAAGAGGGGAAAGGAGAAGAUGCUGAGCAUGUCACAGGAGUCUGGAGACGGACAGAAACUCAUUCCUCCUGAGGAUAACGAUGAUGAUGAUGAUGAGGAGAGAAAGAGAAACAAGGUGAAUAAAAAGCAGUGGUGGAGGCCAUGGGUUGAUCAUGCGUCCAUGGUUAGAAGUGGUGAUUAUUACCUGUUUGAAACUGACAGCGAAGAGGAGGAGGAGGAAGAGAAAAAAGAAGAAGAAUUGCCUAAGAAAUCUGCCUUUCAGCGAGCAAUCAGAAAGUUUGCUUCGGCCCUCGUGGCUUUACCCAAAUCAGUCAUUAAACUGCCCAAAACCAUUCUGCAGUAUAUUAUCAGGGCGGCAAAGUUUGUGUAUCGUGCCUGGAUCACCGACUCAAAGACGGCGCUGAAAGAGAGAACCAAAGGGAGGCGACAUUUCUGGAAGCGAUAUGGCCGCGGUCAUCGACAUAAAAAAGACAAUAAAGAAGGUCAUGUGGCAAUAGAAAUUGGUGAAGAGGAUCGUCAGAGUUCAGAGGAUGAAAAAAACGGACCAGACAACAUCAUCAAGAGGGUUUUCAACAUCAUCAAGUUCACCUGGGUGCUGUUUCUGACCACCAUUGAGAGCAUCACCAAGUGGCUGAACUCCGUCUGCAGAGAGUACAUUGACAUAUCCACAGUUCUGCGCAUCGAACGCUGCAUGCUGACCAGAGAAGUCAAAAAGGGAAACGUCCCAUCACGGGAGAGUAUCCACGUGUACUAUCAGAAGCAGAUGAAGCUGAAUGUGUCUCGUGAGUCUGGGCUGGAUCGGAUCAGCGAGGAGGAUUCGGGUUCGGGUUCACACAGAGCGCGUCGUCGACGGGCCGGACACAGUACGGACUCUUUUGCGUCUAGAGACAGCAUCUCCAGUGGAUAUACAGAAGCCACCAUGCUGUUUUCCCGUCAGUCCACCUUGGAUGACCUGGACGAUAUACCCCAGAAUAUUCCCAAAACCAGCGAGCGCGCUCGUCCCAAACUGCGCAAAAUGUACGGCCUGGAAAUGUCCAACUCCUCCGCGGACAGCGGCAGCAGCAUCAUCUCCAGUGAAGCCACCCAGUGCAUCACACUGUUUUCUCGGCAAGGCACCGACGACACCAUAGAUGAGGCUGAGAACGAGCAGGACCAGUUGGACGCAGACAAAAUUAAGGAAAAAGAUGAAGGAGCUGACUUGAGACAGCAGUCCAUCGAGGAUAAACCUGAGGAGGCAGGUCUUGAAGAGGUGAAACUGGAUAUUACAGAGGAUGAGAUGCCGGAAAUAACCGAGAAAGUAAGCGAAGACGUGAUGCAGGACAAGACAGAGGAAGUGAUGGAGGAAAGUCAGUGGGAUCCGGUAGAUUCAGAUGAAGGACGUGAAGAUGUCCAGGUCUCUCAGGGGGAGUUUGAGGUGCACAUAGAGGAAGAACAAUUUGUUACUGAAGAGGAAGAUGGAGAAGAGCCUCUUCGAAGGGAUGACGGCGAAUCAUCAGGAGCUGAGAAUGGGCAAACAGACUUACACAGCGGGCAGCUUUUAACCCCAGAUACAGAGAUGCCCAACACCUCUGAUGCAGAUGUGCCACCUAGUUACAGCAAAGCCGUGAGUUUCGACCGGCUGUCUAUGAGCUCAGAUGAAAGUGACAGUGAUAAACGUCUGAUGCUAAUGACGCCCGACAGCAAGUCUGAUCUGGACGACUCUCUGUUGCCCUCUAUGACCACUGAACUGACUGCCAGCGAGCUACUGCUCAACAAAAUGUUCUAUGACGAGGAACUGGAUAAUUCAGAGCGUUUUUAUACUUCCCAGCCGCUGGGUCUGCAGCUAUGUUAUGCUCUUUAUAACCUGCUAGUGGCGCAUUCAGAGAUGGUGUGUUACCUGGUGAUCAUCCUCAACCACAUGAUCUCAGCGUCCAUGGCAACGCUAGUACUGCCCAUCUCCAUCUUUCUAUGGGCAAUGCUUUCUGUUCCAAGACCUAGCAAACGCUUUUGGAUGACUGCUAUUGUAUACACAGAGGUUACCAUUGUCAUCAAAUACUUCUUCCAGUUCAGCUUUUUUCCAUUCAAUCAGGACCUGGAGAUGCACAAGAAGAAGCCGUACCAUCCGCCCAACAUCAUCGGGGUGGAGAAGAAAGAUGGUUAUGUACUUUAUGACCUCGUCCAGCUGCUUGCACUGUUUUUUCACCGAUCCAUACUGAAGUGUCACGGCCUCUGGGAUGAAGACGACCCUAAAAUGUCACGGAGCGGUGGUUGUACCAGUGAAGACGAAUCUGAGGACGAGGGGAAAAUGACGGUGGCAAUGACGUGUGAUGAGGAGAAGAGGAGUUCUCCAGCGUUCUCGCUCAAGUCUGUAAACCUUGGGACAUCCGUGGACUCGCAGCAGGUGAACGUGCAGAUCCGUUAUCCCGAGCAGCGGGCAUAUCUGCGACGUCAGAGCACCAGCGGCGGGUCUCACAUUUCUAGACGCUCCUCUGCCAGAUCCAAACGAGGCAGCACGAGUACGCGUAACAGCAGCCGGAGAGCAGACGAUGAGCCUGAAAUACCACAGAAGAGCCGUAAGGAGAUGAUCACGGAGAAGAUCCGAGAACAGCUCAUUAGAGCCAAGGUUUACCUGAUCAAGAAAUUGGUGGAGAUCUAUCAGCCCAUUCGUCAGUUCUUCUACAAUCUGAUUCACCCCGAGUACAACGCCGUCACGGACGUUUACGUCUUGAUGUUUCUUGCCGACACUGUUGACUUUAUCAUUAUUGUCUUUGGCUUUUGGGCAUUUGGAAAACAUCAGGGAGGUGCCGAUAUCACAUCCUCACUAUCUGAGGAUCAAGUGCCCGGCCCGUUCCUCGUCAUGGUUCUUAUCCAGUUUGGCACUAUGGUGGUGGAUCGUGCCCUUUACCUGCGUAAGACAGUGAUGGGGAAAGUGGUAUUCCAAGUUAUCCUGGUGUUUGGCAUACAUUUCUGGAUGUUUUUCAUCCUACCGGGAAUCACGGAGAGGCGCUUCAGUCAGAACAAAAUAGCUCAGUUGUGGUACUUUGUGAAAUGUAUUUAUUUCGGCCUCUCUGCGUAUCAGAUUCGCUGUGGCUAUCCAACUCGUAUACUUGGGAACUUCCUCACCAAGAGCUACAACUACGUCAACCUCUUUCUCUUCCAGGGGUUCCGUCUCAUCCCGUUCCUAACGGAGUUGCGAGCGGUGAUGGACUGGGUCUGGACAGACACGACCCUCAGCUUGUCCAGCUGGAUCUGUGUGGAGGACAUCUACGCACACAUCUUCAUCCUGAAAUGCUGGAGGGAAUCUGAGAAGCGUUACCCUCAGCCACGUGGGCAGAAGAAGAAGAAGGUGGUGAAGUAUGGAAUGGGAGGAAUGAUCGUCAUGCUCCUCAUCUGUAUCGUAUGGUUUCCACUGCUCUUCAUGUCGCUGGUCAAAUCUGUAGCAGGGGUCGUCAACACUCCUCUGGACGUCUCUGUAACACUAACACUGGGCGGACUGCAGCCGAUCUUUACGAUGAGCGCUCAGCAGACAAAUCUGAAGAACAUCACUUUCUCUGAAUUUGAGAAGUUCAAACGUGACUAUGGCAAUGAUGCAACUGCCAUGCAAUUUCUGGAGGCUUAUAUCCAUGAAGACUUGACAAUAGCGGAUCUAGAAGGAAGUUCCAACUCGCUUUGGACCAUCAGCCCUCCAAGUAGAAGAAACCUUAUUGAAAAACUCAAUAGGACAGAUGAACACUUCCCUCUCACCCUCACCUGGUCCAUACAGAGGAAUCUCACUUUAGGUGCUAAAGCUGAAAUGGCGAUAGGGAAAUACACCACCGACCUGGACCCAACCACCAGACAGGCGUUAGGAAAAUUAUUAGAGCACAGUGGAGAGAGCACUCAAGAUCAGCAUGUGCUCAUCCAAAAUAUUUUUCCAAGAUACCUCAGAGCACCGAGUGACUCAAAUGCCAAGCCUAUUGACCAGCUUUACAAGGAUGAAAAAUUCAUGAAUAUCACACUGUCUCUACGCAAGUCAAGUGCGAACAGUUCCUCAGGCAUCCAGGAGUGGUGGAUUGUGAAUCAGACCGAACGUGGGCCGAUACUUUCCGGGUUGAAGUUUCAGAACGAAUCCGGUCUUGAGAUCUAUGUGUUCAGUGAUCAAGUCAGUCCACCCAGCCUCGGCUUUCUGGCUGGAUAUGGGAUCAUGGGUCUGUACAUGUCGGUGGUUCUGGUUAUUGGAAAGUUCGUGCGAGAGUUCUUCAGCGGGAUCUCUCACACCAUCAUGUUCGAAGAGCUGCCCAACGUGGACCGCAUCCUCAAACUCUGCACCGACAUCUUCUUGGUACGAGAGACGGGCGAACUGGACCUGGAGGAAGACCUGUACUCCAAGCUGAUCUUCCUCUACCGCUCUCCAGAAACCAUGAUCAAAUGGACCAGAGAGAAAAACGAGUGAAGACGGAUAAGGAUUCCCAUCCGGAGUAAUUCAGAGCUUCAUGCUGGACCUACUUGGUUUUGUGAGCACACAGUUGGAUUAGACUGAAGAAAAGCCCUUCUUGCUCAUGAAACAUUGGUACUCGGACCAUAACACUUUGGAUUGGAUAAAGACGUGUAGUGGGCGUG